UAACAUCCCCUGCCCUGAUCCAAGGUGCCCCUCAGCCUCCCUCCCAGGGAAGACUGCUUCUUGUGUGACGCGGGCCAUAGGAAGAAACUCCAAUGGACUUACACCGGGCAGCCUUCAAGAUGGAGAACUCAUCCUACCUCCCCAACCCGCUGGCAUCCCCAGCACUGAUGGUCCUGGCGUCCACGGCUGAGGCCAGCCGAGAUGCUUCCAUCCCUUGUCAGCAGCCACGACCCUUUGGUGUACCUGUCUCAGUAGACAAGGACGUGCACAUUCCAUUCACCAACGGUUCCUACACCUUUGCCUCGAUGUACCAUCGGCAGGGUGGGGUGCCGGGCACUUUUGCCAAUCGAGAUUUCCCCCCUUCUUUACUACAUCUCCACCCCCAGUUUGCUCCCCCAAAUCUAGAUUGCACUCCAAUCAGUAUGCUGAAUCACAGUGGUGUCGGCGCUUUCCGUCCCUUCGCUUCCACUGAGGACAGGGAGAGUUACCAGUCGGCCUUCACGCCCGCCAAGAGACUGAAGAACUGCCAUGACACAGAGUCUCCCCACUUGCGCUUCUCAGAUGCAGAUGGCAAGGAAUAUGACUUUGGGACACAGCUGCCAUCUAGUUCCCCCAGUUCACUUAAGGUUGAUGACACUGGGAAGAAGAUUUUUGCUGUCUCCGGCCUCAUUUCGGAUCGAGAAGCUUCAUCUAGCCCAGAGGACCGGAAUGACAGAUGUAAGAAAAAGGCAGCAGCAUUGUUUGACAGCCAGGCCCCUAUUUGCCCCAUCUGCCAGGUCCUGCUGAGGCCCAGCGAGUUGCAGGAGCAUAUGGAGCAAGAACUGGAACAGCUGGCCCAACUGCCCACCAGCAAGAAUUCCCUUCUGAAGGAUGCCAUGGCUCCAGGUACUCCCAAGUCCCUCCUGUUGUCUGCGUCCAUCAAGAGAGAAGGCGAGUCUCCGACAGCAUCCCCACACUCCUCUGCCACCGAUGACCUGCACCACUCAGACAGAUACCAGGUGAGGAGCGGCCUAAGGCAAAAUGUGAAACUAAGAAUCAAUACUCGGAUUGGGAAAAUGAAACGGAGGAAGCAAGAUGAAGGGCAGAGGGAAGGCUCCUGCAUGGCUGAGGAGGAUGCUGUGGACAUCGAGCAUGAGAACAGCAACCGCUUUGAGGAGUAUGAGUGGUGCGGGCAGAAACGGAUACGGGCCACCACUCUCCUGGAAGGUGGUUUCCGAGGCUCUGGCUUCGUCAUGUGCAGCGGCAAAGAGAAUCCGGACAGUGAUGCUGACUUGGAUGUGGAUGGGGAUGACACUCUGGAGUAUGGGAAGCCACAAUACACGGAGGCUGACAUCAUCCCCUGCACAGGCGAGGAGCCUGGUGAAGCCAAGGAGAGAGAGGCGCUCCGGGGUGCAGUCCUAAAUGGCGGCCCUCCCAGCACGCGCAUCACACCUGAGUUCUCUAAAUGGGCCAGUGAUGAGAUGCCAUCUACCAGCAACGGGGAGAGCAGCAAGCAGGAGGCCAUGCAGAAGACAUGCAAGAAUAGUGACAUCGAGAAAAUAACCGAAGAUUCAGCUGUGACCACAUUUGAGGCCCUGAAGGCUCGGGUCAGGGAACUUGAACGGCAGCUAUCCCGUGGGGACCGCUACAAAUGCCUCAUCUGCAUGGACUCAUACUCGAUGCCCCUAACGUCCAUCCAGUGUUGGCAUGUGCACUGCGAGGAGUGCUGGCUGCGGACCCUGGGUGCCAAGAAGCUGUGCCCUCAGUGCAACACCAUCACAGCACCCGGAGACCUGCGGAGAAUCUACUUGUGAGCUAGCCACCCCAGGCAGGCCUUGCCUCAAGCAGCCCCACCUGCCGCCUCUGUGAUGUGACCCUACCCCUUGUACAUACUUGCACACAGGUUCCCCAUGUACAUACAUGUACACACACGCACGCACACACACAGGCCUCUGGAGCCAGAGUGGAUGUAGAGGCCCAGGCCCUGCCACACUCCCACCAGGAUUGGGGACCAUACCUGUUCCAGGUUCUGUUCCCAGGGUGGGGCAGGGAGGUGUAGGUGGGGUGGGUAGCAGGGCAAGGCUCCUGAGAUCCAGCCCCCAGACCGACCGACUGACAGACAGACAGACAGACAUGCAAACACCAGACUGAAGCACAUGUAAUAUAGACGUGUAUGUUUACAAUGUUGUGUAUAAAUGGGAUAACUCCCCGCCCUCACCUCUCCCGUCCCCUUUGGUUGUAUGAUUUUCUUUUUUUAAGAACACCUGGAAGCAGUGCCUCCUUCAGGGCUGGCUGGGGGCUCGGCCCAUCCACCUCUUGGGGUGCCUGCCUCUCCCUCUCCCAUGGUGUCCCUUCCCUCUCCCAUGUGCUCGGUGUUCAGUGGUGUAUAUUUCUUCUCCCAGACAUGGGGCACAUGCCCCAAGGGACAUGAUCCUCUCCUUAGUCUUAGCUCCUGGGGCUCUUUAUAAGGAGUUGGGGGGGAGGAGGCACAAAAAUGGGAACCGAGGGGAGACUGGGGCUGGAUGAGGGUGCUCCUGGCUGCCCAGCCUUCUGCCAAGAACCAUUCCUGGGACUAGAGCUGCUGUUCCCAGGGAAGAGUGUCGUCUCCCCGCCCCUCCCAUGGGCCCCAUGGUGUGAUGCUGUGUCUGUAUAUUCUAUACAAAGGUACUUGUCCUUUCCCUUUGUAAACUACAUUUGACAUGGAUUAAACCAAUAUAAACAGCU